AUGUUCUCAUCACUGUUUGAAGCUGCCAAAAACUCGCCAUUGCGCACUCCAUUUACUAAAGUCCAAUGCGACGCCACCGGUAAGUCGGCGACUGACCCAGUGCCCGGACGCCAGAUUCAGGCAGCUGCCGCAGCUAGCGGUGAUUCGUGCGAAUUCGGCAGCAACAAAUACUUUGCGCUAUGCGGUGUCGGCGGCAUUCUGUCCUGCGGUACUACGCACACCUUCGUCGUACCGCUGGAUUUGGUCAAAUGCCGUCUGCAAGUUGACCCCAAAAAGUACAAGAAUUUGAUCAACGGCUUCAAGGUUACCAUUGCUGAGGAAGGCGCACGUGGUCUAGUUAAGGGCUGGGCACCAACAUUCUUCGGCUACUCAGCACAGGGUCUGUGCAAGUUCGGUUUAUAUGAAGUCUUCAAAGUGUACUACUCGAAUAUCUUGGGUGAAGAGAAUUCAUACUUGUACCGUACUUGGUUGUAUUUGGCUGCCUCUGCUUCGGCUGAAUUCUUCGCCGAUAUUGCUUUGGCUCCUAUGGAAGCUGCCAAGGUCAAGAUCCAGACCACACCUGGUUUUGCCAACAAUCUCCGUGAGGCUUUGCCUAAAAUGAUCAAGGAUGAGGGUGUCGGUGCCUUCUACAAGGGUCUGGUACCAUUGUGGAUGCGUCAAAUUCCAUACACCAUGAUGAAGUUCGCUUGCUUCGAACGCACCGUGGAAUUGUUGUACAAACACGUUGUACCCAAGCCACGUGUCGAAUGCACCAAGGGUGAACAAUUGGUGGUGACAUUCGCUGCUGGUUACAUUGCUGGUGUCUUCUGCGCCAUUGUAUCACAUCCCGCUGAUGUGGUCGUUUCGAAAUUGAAUCAAGCCAAGGGCUCCACUGCCAUCCAAGUGGCUAAAUCGCUCGGCUUCAUGGGUAUGUGGAACGGUCUGACGCCACGUAUCAUUAUGAUCGGUACACUCACUGCCCUGCAAUGGUUCAUCUACGACGGUGUCAAGGUUGCUUUGGCUCUGCCACGUCCACCACCACCAGAGAUGCCAGCUUCGCUCAAGGCUAAAGUCGAAGCUUAAAUCAAUUUUAGUUUUAAACCGAACUCAUCAGUAAACUACAAUACGUAUCUAAAUUAAAUAAGUUCAGCCAGCGAUAUUAAAGUGAGACAAGGCAUUAAGUCGUCACAGUUACAGUAGUUAAGUUGCAAAAAAGUAUAGCGAGUUUACCACAACAGUACGAGUGAAUACAGUGAACAUACAUACACAUUGGCACGGACAUACGUAUCGGCGCAUUUAUAGGGGGACGCGAAAGAAACUAGACGAUACGCGAUUAAAAUGCAUAAAACUGCUAAAAACUUAGUGUUUAAGGUGAAAUGUGUUGAAACACAAUGGAAUAGCAAAUACGUUAACUUACUAUAAUUUAAAUUUUAAAGCAUUUACAGUAACAUAAUUCUGGCAUUCCAGUGGCUAAUGUAAAUAAGCCGCUAGAAACUUUGCAUUUCUAUUCAAAAACAUUUAAUUAACUACAAAAACAUUCUGUUUUUCUUUUUAACUACUUGUUUCAUAUUUUCAAACACCUAACUUGUAUUUAAUCUUGUCUAAUGUAUUUAAGCUAAAAUUCUAAUUGUGUGCGCGCAGCGAAAAAAAAACUUAUGCUAAGUGAAAACUGUUAUGUUCAAAUUACUAACGAUUAUUGUAACACUAGCUUAGCAGCAUUAAGUGAAAAGUGUAAAAUAUCUAUCGUUUUAACCAUGUAUUUUGUAAUCCCCGCUAAACAGCGUUGCUAACGUUGUCCGAAAAAAAUAUAGUGAAAUAUUCAAAACUAAAAA